AGGGGUGAUUCCCGGGAAUUUUAUUUCCGUGCGUUUUCUUUUGCAAAUUUAGAAUUCUUAUUGUUGUCUCCCUUUGUAAACAGACAGAAGCCAAGCUAGCAGAAAGCAAAUCGAUUUUUCCUCCACUGAUGGGAAGAGUGGUAUUUGUUCCGUGAUGUAACAUUAAUAUACAAUGUUCUUUAUAAAUAAUGUAACUAGGCUCUAGAUCUUGUGAACGCUUAUGGUUAAAACUCGCAGAGAUAUGACGUCCGAAUUACCUCUACUUCUUACCCGCCCACACAUUAGUCUAUUUUAAAGAGAUUCAUUUUGAAAAGGUUUUAAGAAGAAGAUAAUCUAAUCUAUGCGACUGUGUUCCAAGCACUGGUUUGCUAGUAUGUCCUCUGAAACUGGAGGUUGAUCGUUCAGACCAUGGUUACGUGAGAUAAACAUUCACAGAGAGAAUGCUGGUGACUGCCAUUCUGUGCUCCUUCAUCUUUGGUGUUGUGUUCACUCUCCUUGUCCAGUUCCUCUUCCUAAGAAACCAGCUGAAUAAUACGCCAGUUGAGCCAAUCAAAAAUCGUCCACAGUUUACUGACUUCAAGCUACCAAAGGAACUGUUUGAAGCCUUAAAAGAAGCUCUGAAGAAAGACCAGAAAGAGAGCUGUUUAGCCUUAAACUUGAUCAUUUGCUUCUUAUUUAGAGAGCUGAAAGACAAACAAUUUAUCAGAAGAUGGGUUAUCAAGAAAAUGAACUUAGAAUUUGCAGAGCUAAUGCAAAAAACAGCAGGAAGAAUUCUAGAACAGAUAACAGUUCAGGAGUUCAAUCUAGGACCAGCAUUCCCUGUCAUAAAGUCUGUAGCUGUUAAAGGAACCAAAAUAGAGAAAGAUGCAAUUGAUAAAUUAGAUGUAGAAGUUGACCUGGAUUACCGGGGUGGUUUCCAGUUAGCCCUGGGUAUUGACCUAGUUCUUGGAAAGCAGGUGUUUCUCUCGGUUACGGUCAUGAACCUCCAGGGAAGGGCCCGGCUGCAGUUCUCCCACAAACCCUACACCCACUGGUCCUUUUCCUUCUACGAGGAACCUCAGAUAGACUUUCUGGUGGAGUCUAAGUUUGGAGGGAGGGCCACGCCCCAGCUUACAUCACUGAUCAUUAAGCAGAUAAAGAGAACCAUCAGGAAGAAGCACACACUGCCUAACUACAAGUUUAGGAUGAAGCCUUUUUUUACUCCCCCUCCACCCAGAGUCCCCCAGAAAGACCUCUUUGUUAAUGGCGCCAAGAUAGGUCAAGGCAAGCUGACUGUCACAAUUAAGGGCUGUUCACGCUUGAUCGACGUUCCAGCAGAUUCCCUUCUCUACUGCACAUUAUCUGUUGAUAGCUGUCCUUGGCUGGAGUUACUUGAAAAGAAGAAAAGGAUCUGGGUGAUUCAGGACAUAGAGAUCAUCAAAGGCUCUGCAGAGUCAAUAGGACUCAGUUUUAAAGAGGAUUUCUUACUGGAUAAAUACGAGGAUGUAGUUGUGGUGGACUUUAUAACUGCAGAUUCUCCAGCUGACAAAUCAGAUAUCAGAAAAGGAGAUAUUCUGACUUACAUUAACAAUGUGAAAGUGACUACAUCCAAACAGGCUGCCAAGUUAUUUAAAGGUGCUGGAGAGAGAUUUUUAGUUCGAAUAGAGAGAGCACGGAUGAAAAAUCAUGCACCUCAUGACCUUCAAAUAACAGAGGAUAAUGUCAGCAUCAAAGAUUUUCCGCAGAGUGAUGUAACAAAAACAUCAGAAUGCUCCGAGGAUUUUGUCAAUAUCAGUAUAAACACCCAACAAGUGGCUAAAACUUCCUACCCCCUCCCCUCCCCAUCAAGCAGUCCACAGAAAAGAGUACUGGAUCUAGUGAAUACAGGCUUGGGCAAAGGGAAGACUCUUUUGAAGGGGAGGUUAAAAAGUAAUACAAUAAAUGAGCCACCAGCAAACUUACAGGUAACGGAGACAAAAGGCAGCCCUCUGCCCAUCAGGAGAAAUCUUUCAGAUAAAAAUUUGUCUCAACUUGGAACUUCCCCAUCUGGGUCAUCUGGAUCAUUGCCCUUUGAAGAUGCAGAAUUUAAGGCCAGAUGCCAGAGUGAUGCAUCCUCCAUUAAGUCUUUAGAGUCAGCUGAAGGACAGCCAUUGGAAAAUUCUGAAGAUGAGGAUGAAAACUUUGAUAUCAUACAAACCAUUGAAAUUCCUUCAUGUUCUAAUCCCACCUGGAAUGAAACAUUCACCUUCAAUGUGGAAGCUGAUGAAAAGUUCUUGAAUGUCUGUGUGUCUUGCAAAAUACCAGAGAAGCUUGACAAGCAGAAUAAAAUUGUCAAGCCCUCAAAAGUCUUUCCUGUGGGACAAGUGAGCCUGCCACUGUUGGACGUCUGUCUGGACUGCAUGAUGACCCUACAGGGAGACACACAGCAGACAGUGGCUCUGGAGCCCACAGAGGCCCGGGCCGGCGCCAGUCGAGGUAAGUUUGCCUCCUACUCAGGGCACCCCGGCUUUGAUCCAGCUCUGUGUUUUGGGGACAUAACUCUGUCUCUCAGUCACCAUCCCCAUAAUCUUGGGGAUAGGGAGCGUAAGCAGAUGACCAGGAAGCUCCCAGUGCCAGUACCGGUCACCAUCAAAAAGGAGGAGAGGGCUCCUGCAACUAUGGCAGAGGUGGCUCUUGAAGGAGCCACAAAGAAAAUUGAAAAAGGAAAACAUGAUUUGAUAUUGACAAACUUCGAAACAGCAACCUAUUGCAACUUCUGUGGAAAGAAGAUAUGGUUAAAGCAAGCAUACUUAUGCUCCCUUUGUAAGAUGAAAUGUCACAAGAAAUGUGCAGAAAAAUACCAGACCGAGACACUGUGUACUGAAAGCGGACCAAUGAGAAAAUCAGACCCAACAGUUCCAUGGAAGCCUUUGUUGGUGAAAAAAGAAGUUGAGAAGAAAAAGAUUGUGGAUACCAGCACUAACAUUCUGAAGAAAUUUACUCAGAAAAAGACCACAACACCUACCCCUCAGCCCCCCAUUCACAAGCCCACCACUCCAACCCAUGUGCUCCCCUACACCCUCUCCCCCAGCAUUAGCCCCGCCAGCCUCAGGAGGCGUAAUUCUGCUCCCAAUACUGAGAGUGCGACAGAUCUAGGCAAGGGUUCACGGUUUGCUGCCACCACAGUGACACAUACACACUCCACUAGUUCCCUGCAGCACUUUGUCUCCAGUCUGUCUCAGCCAUGUGUGGAUGAUUCCAGAAGUUUGGCAAACUCAGACUACACUUCUGAUGAGUCUGACUUUGAAAUGGAAGAGAUGAUCAGUGCAGGGAUGAAGAAGAAACGGAAGGGGCAGAACCUAGAUGAAAUGGUUGUUAUGGCUGCCAAAGAAAUGGGGAAGGAGUUGUAUGCCGACCUAUCUCUGGCAGAGAGGAAAGCCAAGCUUGAUGCUAUGGUAUCCAAACUUCAAAAGGAAAUUGAUGAAGAAUCUGAGAAUAAAAGGGAUCUUGUUAAAGCAGAGGAGGAAACCAUUGAUCUAGCUCAUAAAGCCUUGCUGCGUAAUCAGAUCGAAAAGUCUGAGGAGAAAGUGGAAGCUUUAAUGAUGAUGAUGUUACAUCACUGUGCAGGACUUCAGUAUUGUCUAGAUCAAGAACAGGAAGAGAAACAGAGAAGAGCAAGUUCAGAUAUGUCGUCUGCAAGCAUUGAUAAAAACACCAAACAGCCACUGAAGGAGACUAAGAGUAGUGAUUCAAAUUUGGGGAAAAGUCUAAACAAAGCUGAGGUCCAAAUUGUCUGUCCUGCUAUCUCUGUUGAAGUUGCUAGUUCCCCUGAGGAGAAUGUGGAGGAUUUUACAUUGUUUCCAGAGAAGGAAGAUGAUUCAAUGCACAUGGAAGAUCCCUCCAACAUGUCUCAAGAUUCAGAAGAUUCUGAUCAGAUGCAGGAGGAGGAUGAAAUGUUUAAGUCAGCAAUCGAUGAAAAAGAAGAGGAUAAAGGUAGCUUACUGUCUUUCAAACAGCCUGGGACAGAUGUUGAUGAGGAAGACAUUUUGGCUGAUGUCCUCAACACUGUCACUGAAAUCAUUGAAAAGUCAGAGGGGGAAACAGACUCCAGUGACAUUGAGGACACCAUAACCCAUUCCAUUCAGUAAAGUUAUACAUUUCUCAAAAAAAAAAAAUACCAUUGGUUCUUUUCCUUAAAACACAUUCAGUACAUUUGUCCAUUUGCAGUUUUUUUUUUUAGAUGUUUGCUUAUGCAUUGGGAAAUGUCACGUACAUGUCUAAUGUUUUUGAUUUGACAGCCACUUAAGGAAUUAAUGGUGUAGUUGGAUAUGUUUGCGAUAAAAUUUAGUCUCCCGUACAAGUGGAUUGAAUGUGGGAGAUUAAAGAUUUUUAAGCCAUUAAGUGAUACAUAUUGUUUGCCUGUAAUGAGUUUAUUUAAAGCUUAUUGUGAUAUCAAACUUGUGAUAGAAAAUAAGGCCAUACAAUGCAUGUUAUCAGAGAAAAAUCAUAUUCUCUUUAAUAUCCCUGAUGUCAUGGUAACAUUAGUAAAGUUCUCUACUUAGUCAUUUUUUUGUCAUUUCAUCUGUUAAGUGUUAUUAAUUAAUUUUAAAAAUAAAAGAGACAAUACUGGAAUAUUAAGCUAUAAUAGACUGUGUUAAGUUUUUAAAGCAAAUAAUUAAGAGAAUCUUAUUACAUGUAUAUGCUUUUUAAAAUAUGAUAUGUGUAAAAACUUAAAAUCUUGUACAAAUGUUAUAUCUGAGUCAUUUCAGUUGCAUUUUUUACUUAUGUUUAUACGUUCAAAAUUAAUUACGGUAAAUAUUUUAAGUGUAUCAGGAGAAUAUACGGGUCAGCUGAUUUGCUAGUGAUUGAGAAGUUUCUCUAAAGUGCUACCUGUAUGAAAUGCAAUUUUAAAAAGUGCUUGUUAGGAUCUGAAUUAUUUUUUCAUUGAUACAAUACAUACAUGUACUGUCUGUAUAACAAUGCUACCAAUUUGAUAUAUGUUUCACUCUGAACAUUGAGCCUUUUAAUUAUUGAAUGUGUUCUCUUUUCUCCUUCAAGUUCAGUUUUACAUCUGUGUUCAAACUUUUAUUUAUGAAAACUAAGUAUAUAUGAAUUUGUUCGCAUUGUGCCUAACCUAUAGAAUACUCAUAGAACGUGAAUAUCUGGGUAAGUGUAUGUUAAAAAACGUAGGUUUAAUAUUACUAUAUGUAUUUCCCCAAGAACUCUUUGUUGAAAAGAGUACAAUUUAUCUACUUGAUAAUAAAUUGUUUUGUUUUAUGAUGACUGGGCCUUUUUGACAUGGAUUUUAUAGCUGGAAUGAAAAGCAAGUUCAUGCUAUUGCCUCUAAACCAAUACAGAAAAACAAAUCCCUAUUAAAUAUGAAUUACAAGGUUUAGUUGUAAUGAAAUAAUUGAAAUAUUGAUUUUUUUCUGUUUCAUGUUGUUGGUUAUUUAUUUUAUUAUUAGUUUUUUUUUUUUGAUAAUGAAAAUGUUACCUGACCACCUGGAUUGAUAAGUAUUAUGCAAUAAUUUUGCUUUUCUUUGUU